CUAAUAGCUCGACCCUGCCACUCAUUCUCCGUUCAUUCACCUCUUUCGUUCAUCGUUUGUUCACACAGAAACGAGAAACUGUUUACAUUCAGUACCGUGUAGACGUAUCUUUAGAUCAUGUCGUUCAAUUAUUACCCGAAGAAUUUUCGCGCCAACGGCUGGGGUUGGCACCGCGGCAACAGUGCGGCGAAAGCGGUUAGAGGAUUUUUGAAUAGAGAACGCGACGGGGAGCAUAGCAGUGAACCGUUAGUUGGGAAUGGUUUAUACCCAACACUUCCAUCCGACGAUGAUAGUUCGUUCUCUGGGGUGCGUUUAUACCCCGCUUUACCGGCGGAAGAAUACGAAAGUGGCGCCGUGGAAGAAGUGGUCGAGGAGGCAUGUGCAGCUGUCAACGUGAAUUUGGCGCUCGGUGAGUCGCGUGCCUCAUCAUUCGGUCCAGCCACAUACCAGGACUUCAAAGAGAUAAGAUCCCAGUGUUUAGCUGAAGGUAGACUCUUCGAAGACCCCGAGUUUCCAGCAACCGACCGCAGUUUGUACUACAAGGAGAGGUUGGAUCGUCCCAUCACUUGGUUAAGACCUGGGGAAAUAUGCGACGAGCCGCAACUCUUCGUCGAGGGGUACAGUCGAUUCGAUGUUCAGCAAGGGGAGCUCGGAGAUUGCUGGCUGCUGGCGGCCGUCGCCAACCUUACUUUGUACAGGAAGUUAUUCUUCCAAGUGGUGCCGGAUGACCAGAGCUUUGAUGAAGAUUACGCUGGAGUCUUCCACUUUCGUUUCUGGCAAUACGGCCGCUGGGUGGACGUUGUUAUAGACGACCGCCUCCCGACCUACAGGGGCAAGCUGGUGUUCCUGCACUCCUCCGAGAGGAACGAGUUCUGGAGCGCCCUGCUGGAGAAGGCGUACGCCAAACUCCACGGUUCAUACGAAGCCCUUAAGGGUGGAUCGACAUGCGAAGCGAUGGAAGACUUCACCGGUGGCGUCACAGAAAUGUAUGAGAUGAGCGAAUUACCACCCAACUUCUAUACCAUUCUGCUGAAGGCAUAUGAAAGGAACUCGUUAAUGGGAUGCAGUAUUGAGCCGGACCCGAACAUCCUGGAAGCGGAGACGCCGGUGGGGCUGAUACGCGGGCACGCGUACUCCGUGACGCGCGUGAAGUACGUCGACAUCGAGACGCCGGGCCGCGCCGGCAAGAUCCCGCUGCUGCGCCUGCGCAACCCCUGGGGCAACGAGGCCGAGUGGAACGGCCCCUGGAGCGACAAAUCACCAGAAUGGCGAUUCAUACCGGAAUCGGAGAAAGAAGAGUUGGGUCUCACCUUCGACGACGAUGGUGAAUUUUGGAUGUCUUUCAAGGACUUCUGUCAGCAUUUCGACAGAGUGGAAAUAUGCAACUUGAACCCCGAUUCGCUCGAUCCGGAGGAGUGUCCCGAGGGUUGUACAAAGAAGUGGGAGAUGUCCGUAUUCGAGGGGGAGUGGGUUCGAGGUGUAACUGCGGGUGGUUGUAGGAAUUAUCUGGAGAGCUUCUGGAAGAAUCCGCAAUACACCGUCACUCUGAAGGACGUGGACGAAGGCGAUGACGAGAAUAAGUGUACUAUAAUAGUGGCGCUGAUGCAGAAGAACCGCCGCUCGCAGCGGCACCAGGGGCUCGAGUGCCUCACCAUCGGCUUCGCCGUGUACCGCCUGCCGGACUACGGCCAUGUGCCCAAACCACUCGACGUCAACUACUUCAAGUACAACGCGUCAGUGGGGAGGUCGCAGGCGUUCAUUAAUUUGCGAGAGGUUAGCGCUAGAUUCAAGUUCGAGCCAGGCCGCUACGUGAUUGUCCCAUCGACGUUCGAGCCGAAUGAGGAAGGGGAGUUCUUACUGCGUGUCUUCUCUGAGAAGAGUAAUAAUAUGGCUGAAAACGACGAAGAUGUUGGAAUGGGAGAUGUCGAUGAUAGGGUGAAGGAAAUUCUCCCCCCGGAACCGGAACCGACGGACCCCGUCCGUCAGUUCUUCACCCGGCUCGCGGGUGAUGAUGGUGAAGUAGACUGGCAGGAGCUCAAGGAGAUACUUGACUAUGCCAUGAGAGAAGAACUGGCAAUGCGGCACGGGGCCGCGUACGACGGCGGGGGCGCCGCCGCCAGCCCGCCGCAGGAGCAGAGCUGCCUCGAGCAGCUGCUGUGCGCGCUCUGCACGCCCAUCUGCAAGGAGCUCGGCGUCGACCUGCAGCAGGUGGCCGGCCAGGCCCCGGGGCACGAGACCGUCCACCUCACGCAGCCGCAGCCGCAACAAGAACUACGCGGGCAGGGCUUUUCAAAGGACGUGUGUAGGAGCAUGAUAGCCAUGCUCGAUAAGGACAACUCUGGCGGGCUCGGCUUUGAGGAGUUCAAGUCGCUGUGGAUUGAUUUGCGUCAGUGGAGGGCGGUAUUCCGUCUGUACGACACGGAGGGCCGCGGCGCAAUACCGGCGCAACACUUGCGCGACGCGCUCCACUCCGCGGGCUACACGGUCAACGCGCACGUGCUCAACGUGCUAGCUCACAGAUACGGCUCCCACGACGGUUACAUACAGUUCGAUGACUUCAUAAUGUGCGCUGUGCGACUCAAGACUAUGAUCGCAAACAAUGAACCGCUCGAGAACCUAGAACGAGAGUUGGCGGUGCCGUGAGCGGACACGCGGACAGACGAACAAAAACCUUCAAAGGGAGAUCAUCGGGCGGUGAAUACGCUACGUUUUCACUCGACGAAUGGCUGAAUCGCACAGUCUACUCAUAGACAAAUGCCUUAUUAACGCUACGUGUAUACUAGGCCUAAAUGUCCAUACAUUAUCUAUGUUUGAGAUUUAAUUAGAUUAGUUUUUUAUUAACACUAAAACAUUGUCUAUUUGUGGUCUAUUCGAGUACUUUCUUUGUUCUAAAAAUUUUCAUUCAAAAUUUUUAUAUCAAGUCUAAUUGAAUCUCACACAAUUAAUUAUAAAAGAAAACUAAGUCACAAAUUUUAUUCGUACAUUUAUAUUGGUGUUGUGACAUUUUUAUAAUACGGGUAUUCACAUUUCUUCAAAAUAUUUUUUCAUAAUUUUCGCUAUUAAAAAAUGAAUCAUGAACGCAGUAUUUUUGUAUCCACCGAAUCUUCAUUCCAUAGAGUCUAUUUAUAAUCUAUAAUCUUUGUCUUAAGUUGCUGUGCGAUUAGCUGAAACGGAUUAAAUAUAACAAAUAACCAGAUACAAAG